AUGCUGGAGACCUACAGGAACCUAACUACUAUAGGAUACAUUUGGGAAGACCUUAACACCGAAGAGCAUUGUCAAUGUUCUAGAAGACAUGCAAGUCAUAAACAAACACAUACUGGAGAGAAACCUCAUGAAUGUAAUCAGUGUGGUAAGGCCUUUGCACAUCUCAGUCAUCUUCAAUUGCAUAAAAGAACACAUACUGGAGAGAAACCCUAUGAAUGUAAUGAGUGUGGUAAGGCCUUUGCACAGACCAUUGCUCUUCAGUACCAUAAAAGAACACAUACUGGAGAGAAACCUUAUAAAUAUAAUCAAUGUGGUAAGGCCUUUGCAGCUCAGAGUAAUCUUCAAAAUCAUAAAAGAACACAUAUUGGAGAGAAACCCUAUGAAUGUAAUCAGUGUGGUAAGGCCUUUGCAGCUCAGAGUAAUCUUCGUAGCCAUAAAAGAACACAUAGUGGAGGGAAACACUAUGAAUGUAAUCACUGUGGUAAGGCCUUUGCACGUCACAGUGAUUUUCAAAGGCAUAAAAGAACACAUACUGGAGAGAAACCUUAUGAAUGUAAUUACUGCGGUAAGGCCUUUGCACACCACAGUAAUCUUCACAGCCAUAAAAGAACACAUACUGGAGAGAAACCCUAUGAAUGUAAUCAGUGUGGUAAGGCCUUUGCACGAUAUAAUCAUCUUCAAUUGCAUAAAAGAACACAUACUGGAGAGAAACCCUAUGAAUGUAUUCAGUGUGGUAAGGCCUUUGCACACCACGGUCAUCUUCAAAGCCAUAAAAGAUCACAUACUGGAGAGAAACCCUAUGAAUGUAAUCAGUGUGGUAAGGCCUUUGCACAACACAGUCAUCUUCAAUUGCAUAAAAGAACACAUACUGGAGAGAAACCAUAUGAAUGUAAUCAGUGUGCUAAGGCCUUUGCACGUUACAGUCAUCUUCAAUUGCAUAAAAGAACACAUACUGGAGAGAAACCAUAUGAAUGUAAUCAGUGUGCUAAGGCCUUUGCACGUUACAGUCAUCUUCAAUUGCAUAAAAGAACACAUACUGGAGAGAAACCCUAUGAAUGUAAUCAGUGCGGUAAGGCCUUUGCACGACAUAAUCAUCUUAAAUUGCAUAAAAGAACACAUACUGGAGAGAAACCGUAUGAAUGUAAUCAGUGUGGUAAGGCCUUUGCACACCACAGUAAUCUUCAAUUGCAUAAAAGAGCACAUACUGGAGAGAAACCCUAUAAAUGUAAUCACUGUGGUAAAGCCUUUGCUCAACAGAGUACUCUUCAAAUACAUGAAAGAACACAUACUGGAGAAAAACCAUAUGAAUGUAAUCAGUGUUGUAAAGCCUUUGCACGACACCAUUGUCUUCAAUUGCAUAAAAGAACACAUACUGGAGAGAAACCCUAUGAAUGUAAUCAGUGUGGUAAGGCCUUUUCAUAUCUCAGUGAUCUUCAAAGGCAUAAAAGAACACAUACUGGAGAGAAACCCUAUGAAUGUAGUCAGUGUGGUAAGGCCUUUCCUCAAAACAGUCAACUUCAAAGGCAUAAAAGAACACAUACUGGAGAGAAACCGUAUGAAUGUAAUCAGUGUGGUAAGGCCUUUGCACACCACAGUAAUCUUCAAUUGCAUAAAAGAGCACAUACUGGAGAGAAACCCUAUAAAUGUAAUCACUGUGGUAAAGCCUUUGCUCAACAGAGUACUCUUCAAAUACAUGAAAGAACACAUACUGGAGAAAAACCAUAUGAAUGUAAUCAGUGUUGUAAAGCCUUUGCACGACACCAUUGUCUUCAAUUGCAUAAAAGAACACAUACUGGAGAGAAACCCUAUGAAUGUAAUCAGUGUGGUAAGGCCUUUUCAUAUCUCAGUGAUCUUCAAAGGCAUAAAAGAACACAUACUGGAGAGAAACCCUAUGAAUGUAGUCAGUGUGGUAAGGCCUUUCCUCAAAACAGUCAACUUCAAAGGCAUAAAAGAACACAUACUGGAGAGAAACCAUAUGAAUGUAAUCAGUGUGGUAAGGCCUUUGCAUGUCACAGUGAACUUCAAAGGCAUAAAUGA